AUGACCAAGAUUGAGGUAGAGUCAACUGCUUAUCAUGCGCGUGGACUGGAGACUACUGGGGCGCUCUACCGUGGUGUUGGGAACUCAGAAGUACGCACUAUGGUCCAACAGUACUUUCCUGAACUAUCAUAUUUUGGCCGCACAACCAUCUGGGGAUACCUAGUUGGGUCGAGUCCAAUCUUCAAGCUGAAAGAGGCAGAGAUGAUUGUCGCAGCUUCAAUUGCUGCAAUUGGGGCCACCAGACAGACUCGAAGCCAUAUCAAAUGUGCUCUCUCCAUUGGCAACAGCGUGGCAUCGGUUGCUGCACUAAUUGACAUUGUCAGAACGAUUAGCAUUUGGAAUGAGAAGCCGAUCUCAGAAGAUUUGGAUAUUGGCGAAUUGGAGAAGGAGCUGAAGCAAAACUUGACUGAUCUUAACUAA